AUGGCUCACGCGUCCCUCUCUGAUCUCCCCAACGAGCUGCUUCAAGCCAUUUGCGAGACAUUAACCUCGGCGCGAGACAUCAGCGCGUUGAGCAGGACAUGUCGCCAAACCUUCCAGGCUCUCGUUCUCUUCCUCUACCGAUUUGACUACUAUAAGCUCCGCGGCUCUGCCGUCAAUUGGGCAAUACUCAACAACCGCCUGGACACGAUCCAGCGGGCGACCAGUGCGGGUGUGGACGUGGUGACCAUGCAUCACCUCACGCUGGUCGCCGAGUCGGGUAACCACGAUAUUUUCACGUCCCUGUGGGCUUGUAAGGAAAAUUACGGGGGGUUCGAGGCCAUCGACAAGGAUGACCAAGGGGUGAGGCCAUUCGAUGUCGCAGUCGCGUCGGGCAGGCUGGGGAUGGUCGAGGUGCUUCUGUCAACUGGCAAGAUCGACAUUGAGAAACAGGACGAGCAUGGCCAUACGCCGCUACACGCCGCCUCGCACAACGGUGACCCAUCUGUGGUCGCGUUACUACUCCAGCACGGCGCAGAUGUCAAUGCUGUAGGGGAAGAUGGGCGCCAGCCUCUGACCGUUGCUACGGUCCCUCACACCCAUUUUCGAUGCGCCAGGUCUCACGUCCGGACCGGAAGCAGGCCGAACUUCCUAGAGACUCUGCGGAUUCUUCUACGUUAUGGCGCUGAGAUUGAGGCUAAGGAAGCGAAUGGGAGGACGGCCCUCCACGAGGCGGUGAAAGCCGGGCACUGCGAUGCAGUCGACCUUCUCGCUUCCCAUGGUGCUGAUGUGAACACGGAGGAGGUCCGAGGCCACAGGCCCUUGCACACUGUCAGCCUCUACAAUGGAAAGUUGGAGAUGGCUAAAUUGCUUGUCCGUCUGGGUAGUGAUGUGACGGCAUUGUCGCACGACGGCCGGAAUCCACUCUGGAUGUCUCGCAGCGCGAGAGAUAAGAGGGAGUUGACUGAGUUCCUGUUAGCCCAGGGAGCUAAGUUCGUCAAGGACAAAAUCGGCAAUACGCCCCUGCAUGACGCAGUUGGCUUGAGGUGCGCAGCGGUAGCUGAGCUGAUGCUCGAUCACGGAGCUGAUAUCAAUGCCUCUAAUAAGGAGGGCGUGACUCCCAUACACCGUGCUGCAGAGGUUGAUCGAGAUGACAAAACGGUCAAACUCUUGAUUGAGCGUGGAGCAGACGUCUCGGUAGAAAAUUGUCGGGGAGAGACUGCUCUGGGGAUAGGAAUUAUGAUCCAGCCACUCGAGGUUAUCGAGCUUCUGUUGAAAAAAGGAGCGAAUCCAAAUUCACUAACAAGGUUCAGUUCAACCGUUCUUCAUGAAGCCGUCAGGCUUUUUCCCCUCGGCCACACGGAACUGCUCCUACGCUAUGGCGCAGAUCCAAACCAAGGCGAUAAAGCAGGCCAGUCACCAUUGUUCCGCGCAGCGAAUAUGAACAAGGUUGCGCUCUUGGAGCUUCUGGUGAAGAAUGGUGCCAAAAUCGACGCAGCUGAUUAUAAUGGCCAGACAACACUUGCACAUGCUGUGAGAAUGGGCGCGGUCGAGGCCGCGGGAUGGCUUGCUAAGAACGGAGCGAACGUCAACAGCAAGGAUAACGCGGGAGAGCCCAUCCUGCAUCGAGCUUGCCAGAUCGAACGCAGUAAGGAGAUGAUAGCGCUCUUGUUGAGACACGGGGCGAAGGUGAACGCAACUGAUAAUAGACAGUGGACGGCAUUACAUGUCGCCGCUAAUGAAGGGCGUCCAGAACUCAUCAAGCAGUUGCUGCGGCAGGGUGCAGACUGGAAAAUGAAGGAUAUUGAAGGAAAUGAGCCAUUAUUUCAUGCCAGGUCGUCACCCAAGUCCGUGGAUGUCUUGAAGCAGUGGAUCAACGAUCCAGACUCCCGUCACGGUGAAGACUGGGGUAAUAGCAAUAGCAAGCGUGAUCCGAAAUGGUUGGGGACAAUGAAACAUAUCUUGAGAGGACCAAAGAGCAGGAAAUAA